AUGCUUUCUCGUCCUGUGUCUCUGCGAAUGACAUCAAGGUCAAUCUUCAGCCAACAGGUCCGCUCAUAUCAAGAUCUCUUUUCACGAUCUAAAAUACCUCGUCAAACGUUACUACCCUCCUCGUCGUUCCGCUUCCAAAUUUGCGGGAUACCUCGAGCGCUUGAGUUCCAUCGUUGCUAUACGUACUCGGCGGCCACAUUCAAUGCCGCCACAUCACGCUUCCCCGCCCACUGGGAGCUGUACAGAAGAAGUCAGCCUUCCAAUGAACUCAUACGAUACAUGCGCAGAUGGGAAGAUGAACUGCGCUUCGACGCGAAAGAUGCUCUGCCACGAUUGACACCACAACAACGCGACGUCAUGAUGGCAGCGUGCAUCGGAUUCCGACUCAAAUACAACCCCAACAAAGAAUGGCGCGCGGAUCGUCUCAAGCAAGCUCUGACGGCUUGGAGGCAAGGCUUGCAAGCAGAUAAGCAGAGUCGCCAACCUCGAUGGAACGCAGCCCAUAUAAGGAAGACCGAGGAACACAUAGCGAAGACUGAGAAAGCAAUAGCGGCAGACGCAGCGGCUAGGAAAAAGAAGAGCGACGAUGAAAUGAAGGCGUUUUUCGGGGGGUUUUGGGGGAAUGCUUUUGCUUUAGCUACUUUAGCAUUCUUCUCCAUCGGCCCACUUGCCAACUUCGUGUUGAGUUGGAUCCUGACGCCUGGGGUCAAAAAGCGCGAGGGAGCUAUACUGGCUCGGAAAGUAAGGUGUGCUGGAAUUGCUGUCGCCGUUUCACCUUUGUCUGCGGUAUAUUCCGACGGGCUCUAUGUAACACCUGCUGCUAGACUGGACCUGCAAGGCGGAACGUCGUAA